AUGGGAAAUUAAUGGAUUAAAAAUUAUGAUAUAGAUAAAAAGCCAUACAUAACAGGAGGUUAAAACUCAGUAUGGUAAAGUAAUGAAAAAUAGAAUUAAUAUAGUUCAUAAUGCUAAAAAACAUAAAGAAGAAUUUUCUGUUUUUAUAUUUGAUAAAAGAAGUGUUCUUAAACUUGUGAAAAAUGAAAAAGAAAGAGAAAUGAUAUAUGGCACAUUAAGAAGAGAAGGAGAAAAGCUUGCUUCUAUUAGACAUCCAUGUAUCCUUUCAGUUAUUGAAACACCUGGAGAGGAUCAAAAAAGAAUUGUUUGUGUUACAGAAAAAGUUAUUGGUACUUUAAAUUCUAUUGUGAAAAGUAAUAUUCUAGUAUAUUUAUGUUUAGAUGAUAAAUUAAAUUCAUGCAGCAUAAUGGAUGUGAAAUUAAUUUUGUUAUAAAUCAUAGAAGGAUUAAGUUUUCUACAUAAUGAUGUAAAAUUAAAUCAUUUCAAUCUUUCGCCAGAUAAUAUAUAUGUAACUACUGAAGGAAAAGUCAAAGUAGCUAUUCUAUUGAAAUUUAGAUUGGAGGAUUUAUUUUCAGUUAACCAAAUCCUAUGGGAAAUUCAAUUAAUGUGGAUAUUGAUUUAAUUCCAAAGCCAUAUGAUAAAUAAUUAUAACUCUAUCCAGAUUUAGCUUAUAUGGCUCCAGAAUUAACUUUAAAUCCAUCAUUAGGAUCUUAUCAAUCAGAUAUAUUUUCAUUAGGAUUGAUGUAAAAAUAUAUUAAAUUAAUUUAGAUUAGCUGGUUUAUUAAGAUUACAAUUAUCAGGAAUGAAAGACCUUACUUUAUUCUAAAUUUCACAUAUCACCUAAUAUUAAUCUAGUUUUGAUUGUCUCUUACCAUUUAUAUAAAAAAGCCCUUUUUUUAUUUAAAUUUAAGAUCAAUCAUUAAAAGAUCUUAUUAUUAAGAUGUUGAGUAAAGAAUUAAGUUAAAGACCUACUAUAUUGGAAAUAUAUCAUCAUGAAUUUUUUUUAGAUCCUUUAAUUAGAUUGAUGCAUUCACUUAAAUAGUUUUAAUAAUUUGAUUCUGAGCAAUAAGCAGCAUUACUAAAAUAAAUAUCAAAAAGCAUUUAUAAAGUAUAUAUUUAUAAUAUUUAUGAGUUUGAAAGAUAAGUAAUUAUUAGAAAUAUCUUACCAAAUAUUAUGCCAUUAAUAACUAAUGAAAAAUUGAUGCAACAUGUAAUCUUCAUAGCAAUUGAUGUUUCUAAAAUGCCUGAUUAAACUAUUCAAGAUAAAUAUGUUAAUUUAUGUUGGAAUUACAUUAAAAAGGUAUCUGGAUUACCAAGUAUGCCUGCUCAAGCUCUUUAUUGUUUAGUAUAAAACAUAAAAUAGUUUUAUGAAAUUAAAAUACCUGAUAAUGAAAUUUAAUCUCAUCUUAUUCCUCUAUUUGUCAAAUGUUUUGAAUCUGAUGUGGCUAAGCUUUAAGAAGUUGCAUUAAGCUAAACUUAAAUGAUCAUGGAAAAAAUUGAAUAUUAAUACACAAAAAAUAAAGUAUCAAAAAUAUAUAAUUAAAGAUAUUGCCUAGAUUGUUAUAAUUAUGUUUGGAUUCAUCCAACAAGGAAGUUAAUUUAUUAGCAUUAUAAGUAUUGAGCAAAACCUAGCAUAUAUUUGAUAAAGUUUCUAUUUCUGAUACUAUUUUACCAUCUUUGGAAAAAUUUAGAAAAAUCACUGCUCCUAAUAAAAUAUAAGCUUAAUUAUUAUUAGAGAUCUAUAAAUCAUUUUUGCAGCAUCUAAAUUAUGAAGUAAUUAUUAAUAAUAAUAAAGCAAAUUGUAACUAGAUUACUUCCUUAAUUAUUACCUUAUAUAAUCGAAUUAAAUAUUGGGAAAUCAUUAAUAUAAAAAUAUUCAGAAUUACUUUAAAGUUUAAUUUAGAAAAUAGCUGUUGAGAGAAUGUCAUGUUUACCUGAAGAUAUUGAUGAAUAAUAGUAAUCACAAUCAUAAUAAUCAUAAUCAUAAUCAUAAUAAUAAUAAUAAUAAUAAUAACAAUAAUAAUAAUAAUAACAAUAAUAAUAAUAAUAACAAUAAUAAUAAUAAUAACAAUAAUAAUAAUAAUAAUAGUCAAAUCUAAAUCUAACUUUUUAACAAUAAAAUUAAUUUGAAAGAUCAAAUAAUAGCUAUUAAAAUAUUGGUGAUUUUAAUUUUAAUCAACUUUAACCUCAAUCUUUAUAAUUAAAUCAAUCAAAUAGCAGUAUUUCUCCAACCGUAAUAGGCAUUCCUUAAAAUGAAAUUCUUGAAAUAAAUUAAUUAAAUAUUGCACUUAAUCCAAUUUCAUAAGGAUUAAUAUAAUAAUCAACUUAAAAUAACACUUAAGUUUAUACUUCCCCUAUCAUUGGGAUUCCAUAAGAAAUUAUUUAAUAAUAACCUCUUAAUUUUGAUUUUGCAAAACCAUUCGAUCAAUCUUAUUCUUAAUAAUUUAAUAUUUAAUCAAACUUGAAUUUAUUGAAUUAAGAUGAUACUAAAUGGAAAAGUUUAUAAAAUUAAGAACCAAGCAAUCCUCUUCAAACUAAUAAUUAAUUACUUAAUUUCGAUAAUCCAUUCUAAAAAAAUCAAGAAUAACAACAAAAGGUAGUUAUGAAUAAAUACAAAGAAUUUGAUAACAUCAAUCUUUUAGAUGAAUAAUCUCCAUAAAUAUCAUAACAACCUUAACUAGUAAAUAACCUUCAAUUAUCAGUUGAUCAAUAGUAAAACUAAGAAUAAAAUAAUAAUACUAGUUAGGAUAAACAAAUGAAUAUUAAUAUUAAUUUUGAUCCAUUUUAGAGUUGGGGGAAAUUCUGA